CGAUCUAAAUUUUCGCAGUCAAAUUCAUCUCUCAUUAUUCGAUCUCGUCGCGAUGGCGAUCGCCAGGUCUCCGCAUCUCGCCGCCGUCGCGGUCCUCGCUCUCGUAUCCGUCGCAGUCGCCGAGGUCUACUUCGAGGAGAAGUUCGACGAUGGGUGGGAGAGUAGAUGGGUAAAAUCUGAUUGGAAAAAGGCUGAUAACAUGGCGGGCGAGUGGAACCAUACAUCCGGUAAAUGGAAUGGGAACCCUGAAGACAAAGGCAUCCAAACCAGUGAAGAUUAUAGGUUUUAUGCUAUCUCUGCACAGUUCCCUGAAUUCAGUAACAAGGAUAAGACAUUGGUAUUCCAAUUUUUAGUGAAACAUGAACAAAAACUUGAUUGUGGUGGAGGCUACAUGAAGCUUCUUAGUGGUGAUGUGGAUCAAAAGACUUUUGGUGGGGAAACACCUUACAGUAUCAUGUUUGGACCAGAUAUUUGUGGAUACAGCACCAAGAAGGUGCAUGCCAUUCUUUCUCGUGAUGGAAAGAAUCACUUGAUCAAGAAGGAUGUUCCAUGUGAGACUGACCAGCUGAGUCAUGUGUACACUUUCAUCAUCAGACCAGAUGCUACGUACAGCAUACUUAUUGACAAUGUUGAGAAGCAAACUGGAAGCAUCUAUGAUGAGUGGGAUAUUCUCCCUCCUAAGAAAAUUAAGGAUCCUGAAGCCAAGAAACCUGAGGACUGGGAUGACAAGGAGUGGAUUCCAGAUCCCGAAGAUAAGAAACCUGAGGGUUACGAUGAAAUACCCAAGGAGAUUACUGAUCCUGAUGCCAAAAAGCCAGAAGACUGGGAUGAUGAGGAAGAUGGUGAAUGGACAGCCCCAACCAUUCCAAACCCUGAAUACAAGGGACCCUGGAAGGCAAAGAAAAUCAAGAACCCUAACUACAAGGGAAAAUGGAAGGCACCAAUGAUUGACAACCCAGAUUUUAAGGAUGAUCCAUACAUUUAUGCUUAUGAUCGUCUGAAAUAUGUCGGCAUCGAGUUAUGGCAGGUGAAGUCGGGAACCUUGUUUGAUAACGUUUUGAUUUGCAAUGACCCAGAAUAUGCCAAGAAGCUUGCUGAAGAAACAUGGGGAAAACAGAAAGAUGCUGAGAAGGCAGCAUUUGAGGAAGCUGAGAAAAAGGCAGAACCAGAGGAAAAGGAUGAGGAUGAUUCAGAUAUAGAGCAAGAUGAUGAUUCCGAGGACGAUGCUGAGCCUGGAGUCGGAGCUGAUGCUGGUGCUGAAUCGGAAACGGACGAGAAGUCAGAUGAUGAUGAUGACCAACAUGACGAACUUUAGAGAGGACGUGCAAGAAGCACCGCAGUUAUUUUUGGUAGCGAGUCGGUUAAAGAUAUUUCAUCAGAGAGAUGUUUAGGGGGUAUAAAGAACUAUAUAGAGCCUGGAACCCUCUUCUCAUAAUUUUAGUGUUUUUAGAUGUCUUGCAGAAAACAUUUGUACCAGUGUUUUAGCUCUGAUUGUGGGAACAAAUACAAUUUCAGGGAAGAAAUAACAAAAGUUUUUCUUCUCUCGUGGGAAUUUAAAAGUUUACCGUUGAAUUUUAUUUUUA